GCAAUUUUGUAUUUUGUAUGUAGUUUGCAAUAAAAAUGAUUUUUAUAAAUAUUGUAUACAUUUAUUAAUUUUCUAUGUGCGACAAUGAACGACAUGAAAGAAUUAAGAAUAAAAUAUUCUAUUUAUUUAAGAUACUUUAUAUAUAUAUACAUAUAUAUAUUGAUAUUACAUUUUUUUACAAUUACAUUAAUUUAACAACUACAUAACUAGUUUUCAUUUAAAUCGUAAUAUUAAUCACCCAAAUGUAUUAUUUUCUUUUAUCUAAAAGUAUUUUUGACAGUAAUAAGUACUUAGAUAAAUAUAGAUAACUUUUAUUACUUAUUAAUAUCAAAAACUUAUAAAGUUUUUAUUAAGUAAUUUUAUUUAAAUUAAAAAUUAUUUUUGUACAACUAAUUAUUUUUAUUAGUGUUAGAACACUUUAUUUAACCCUAGGCUGUCAUAUCUUUUUUUCGAACGAGAUUGUUACACUAGUUUAUCGUAACCCAACGUAAUUUGAGUUGCAGUUUAAAAAUUAAGUGUCUAAAAAUUCUGAAAUAAGUUUUAAACAUAGAAAAAUAUAUUCCAAUUAUAAAAAAAUAAUGUUUUAAUUAUUUUUAUUUGAAAGAAAAAAAAUGUUAAAAACAAAUUUUUUUAAAUUACAUUUUUCUUAAAAAAUUAUAACUUUCUUAAUUUUGACACCACAAAUUUACAUUUCCAAGCGUCCCGAAAGAUAUCUUACUAAUAAAUCAGUCCGAGUCAUGAUGAUCCGGUGAGAGAGUCUAGGGUUAAAAAUAUUUUAUAUUGCAUUAAUUUCGGUUUACAUUUGGGACUUAAUGUAAUGAUUAUCUUCAUACCUUUUACAUUCUCUUUGUAGAUUAAAAAUAUUUUCGUGUAAAAAAACUGGAAAUCAUUCAACACUCUUAAUAUCUCAAUGAUUCAGCCAUGGAUCCUCUGAACGUCGUGGAUGCCAAUAAUGCAGAACAUUCGCCCGAAAGCAUAGAAUGCGUACCUGAAUACAACUUAUUAUCAAAUAAAAUUAAACGGCACGUCGUUAGGAAAAGAAAAACGAGAGAAGACACGAAAAAGCCGAACUCGAAUCAGAACAAAGAUGAUAAGAAGAAACCUCAGCUUUCCUUGGAGUGUGCCACGUGCGGCAAACGUUUUAGUGAAAAAGCUACUAUGAUAAAACACAUGAACCUGCACAAAUAUCAGUGUAAAACUUGCUGCCAGACCUUCAGUCUGAAGCGAGAAUUGAAACGUCACAUCAUGAACGUUCACGGACCUCUUCUAUAUCCCUGCAGCAUCUGCGAAUACAAAAGCAAUAACAAGUGCACUCUGAAGGACCACUUUAUACGAAAACACACCAGCGGUUUUCAACAUUCCUGUGCAAUCUGUAAGAAACAAUUCAAGAUCAAGAAUGAUCUGAAGCAACACAUGAAUCAGGUGCACAGCGGCGAGCCGCCCAUCAUCUGCAGUAUCUGCGGACACGCUUGCAAGAACGUGCCCGCUAUUAAGGCGCAUAUGAAAUAUCGACACUACAAGCCGGCUUACGAGUGCAAGAUAUGCAAGCGUGGUUUGACCACUCAGGAGAAUCUCGACCAACACUUGAUCUGGCACGAACGGAAGGAAAAGGUUGUCUGUCCCACUUGCGGUAAGACCUUCGGCCAGAAGAGAGACUUGGAUCUUCACUUGAGGAUCCAUCAGGGUAUUCGACCGUUUUCCUGUCCAGUUUGUGGUAAAACUUUCCCCAGGAAGACCGCGCAAGAACAGCAUAUAUUAAUUCAUACCGGUAAAAAGCCAUACAUUUGUGAUAUAUGCGGACACACCUUCGCGCAGAAACCUGGACUCAUCUGUCAUAGAAAGCGGCAUCCCGGACCACUACCGCCGUUACCUGUGGUAUCCAUUAAGAAAAUAAUUAUGGACUUUACGCAGGAAUUGGUCUCUGCUACGCAACAAAAUAAAGUAGAUAGCUAAAUAUUUAUUUGAUUGAGAAAUUGCUCUGAUACGUAUCGAUGACGAGAUUAAUUAAAUUUGUUUAUAUUCAUCUAAGGAUCCUAGGAUCCUAUAUACGCGAAAAUAUGCGUUAUUGAAAUCAAUUAAAAAUUUGUUUACUUUAAUAUCGAAGAUUAAAGGAACAAUCUCAGGAUUUCUAAAUAAUAAAAAUUGUGAAGUAAUAAAAUAUUGAUCCGUAACAAUUUAAUUAUAUUUUCUGAGUUAUAAAUUUUACAAAUUAUACAACGUCUGUCUGUACGUAUAUGAUUAACCUUAUCUCGCCACACCUGUGUUUAAUGAAAAGUUUUAUAAAUUAUAAUUACUUGUUACGUUACAAUUUAUUCUCAGAUUAUAGUUCACGUCAUACUAAUUUACUCACAUCUUUAAACUUUUCAAUUUAUAAAUCCUGCUGUAUACAUAUAAUAUAUAUGAGAAUCAGACUUGAGAUUUGCCAAAUCAAUUAUUGUUCCAUUAGAAAGAAUUAUCCUAUAAUUAUUUGUUAUAUAAAUUAUAUAAUUUUGUUAUAUAAUUUUUGGGGGAAGCAAUAUUAAAAAA